CGCUCACCCUCCUCCCUCACUGUCGACUGUCAACCGCCACCACUCCGGAAAUUCCCCGCCACCAAAUCUAGCGCCAGUAAAUUUUCCGGAAAGGAAAGAAAAAAUUAAAAGGCAAAAAUAUAUAGUUUAUCUGCGUCGCCGCUGAGUUCUCUCAAAGAGGGCAGUGAUAUAGUGUAGGCCUUUUGAGCAAAUUUGUGUUGGGGUUGUAUAAGCACAACAUGAAUUAUACUUUGUCCUCGUCAAUUUCAGAUGUUGGCCUCUCAUUUUGUGGAAACAUUCGAUCCAGAAAUCAAAAUUAUUUUGUGCCUGAAACUUUUGCUAGAAUUGGUGAUUCAAACACAAAGGAUAAAUUCCAAAGGUCUCACCAUGAUGUGAGAAAGAUGAUCAUUUCCAGCCAUUUGGUUCCUAGACCAUUGGAAGGAACUACAUUAAAGAAACAGCUGGAGGCACCAGUUAAGAAGUUAGAACUUAUACGGACACUGCUGAUUGACAACUAUGACAGUUACACAUACAAUAUAUUUCAAGAACUGUCUGUCAUCAAUGGAUUGCCCCCGAUGGUGGUUAGAAAUGAUGAGUGGACAUGGGAAGAUUUUUAUCACUACCUUUAUGAAGAAAAGGCCUUUGACAACAUUGUUAUAUCACCUGGUCCUGGCUCUCCAACAUGCCCCUCAGAUAUAGGACUUUGCCUGAGGCUGUUGCUUGAGUGCAGUGAUAUCCCUAUUUUAGGUGUCUGCCUUGGCCACCAGGCUCUAGGAUAUGUGCAUGGUGCUCGGGUUGUCCAUGCACCUGAACCUGUCCAUGGACGUUUGAGUGAAGUUGUACACAAUGGUUCUCAGCUAUUCCAUGAGAUUCCCUCUGGAAGAAACUCUGGAUUUAAGGUGGUUCGAUACCAUUCCCUAGUUAUAGAGCCUGAAUCACUCCCAAAUUUUCUCAUUCCCAUAGCUUGGACUCCAACUACCAAGACAACUCCUUUCUUAGGAAGAUCUCAAUCAAAUUCCUUCACUGAUGCAUGUGAGGGGGUGAAUGGGAAGAAAAUUUAUGUUGGACAUUUAUCCAAAAGAGAUGGAAAAUCAUCUUUUUCUUAUGCUGAGGAGAUUCAGGCUGGACAAAUCAUUAUGGGCAUCAAACAUUCCAGUCGGCCUCAUUAUGGAGUGCAGUUCCAUCCAGAGAGCGUUGCGACCUACUACGGGAAGCAGAUUUUCAAGAAUUUUGCAAAGAUCACUAAGGAUUAUUGGUUGGGGUUGAGGUCAUCCAUUAGUGAGAGAAAGGCUGAUUAUGCUGCAUGCAUGCAGGUGCCUAAUGUACACCGAUUACUCAAAUCUGUUUCAAGAGGAGAAAAUACGGUGAAUAAAUUGGGUGAGAAGAAACAUAUCUGCUCAUUCAACACUAUAACUUCUUCAAAUCCGAGCUAUAAUAUAAAAUUUUUGAAGAUGAAAUGGAAAAAACUUGAUUGCCUGGCCAGUCAAAUUGGAGGAUCUAAGAAUAUAUUCUGUGAAAUAUUUGGAGAUCAGAAGGCUGAAAACACAUUUUGGCUGGACAGUUCCUCAACAGAAAAGGGAAGAGCAAGGUUUUCAUUCAUGGGUGAAAAGGGUGGCUCUCUAUGGAAGCAGCUUACAUUCAGGUUAUCGAAUCAAAGAGAUGAGGCAUAUAAAGGAGGCGGUUACUUAACAGUUGAGGAUGCUAGUGGUUAUGUUCAAACUUCAUAUCUAGAGGAUGGAUUUUUUGAUUAUUUGAAUAAGGAGCUUGGGUCAUUUUGUUAUGAUGAAAAAGAUUAUGAAGGAUUGCCAUUUGACUUCUAUGGUGGCUACAUUGGUUAUAUUGGGUAUGAUCUUAAAGUUGAAUGCGGCAUGACAACUAAUCGUCAUAAAUCAAGGACGCCAGAUGCUUGUUUUUUCUUUUCGGAUAAUCUUAUUGUGAUUGAUCACGACCAUGAUAAUGUCUAUGUUUUGUCACUACAUGAUAGAAUCACAAGCCCGUCCCCUUGGUUGGAUAAUAUUGAGCAGAGACUUCUCAACUUGAAAUCUUCUCACUCUACAACAUUUGUGCCUCCAGCAUCACGUGCUAGCGAAAACUUUCUGGUAAAAACAUGUUUUUCUGCUGAGAAAUCUAGAGAGCAGUACAUCAAAGAUAUUGAGAACUGUCAAGAUUUUAUCAAGGAUGGAGAAAGUUAUGAGUUAUGUCUUACAACUCAGAUGAGAAUGACAAUAGGGGAAAUAGAUUCUCUGGGGCUUUAUGUUAGUCUUAGAGAAAAAAAUCCGGCACCAUAUGCUGCUUGGCUUAAUUUUUCAAGGGAAAAUUUAAGAAUAUGUUGCUCUUCCCCUGAGAGAUUCAUGCGAUUGGAUAGAGAUGCAGUUCUAGAAGCAAAACCCAUUAAAGGGACCAUAGCUCGUGGUUCAACCCCAAAGGAAGAUGAGUUGCUUAAGCUACAAUUACAAUACAGUGAAAAGGAUCAGGCUGAGAAUUUGAUGAUUGUUGACCUAUUGAGGAACGACCUUGGGCGUGUAUGCGAGCCUGGGUCUGUCCAUGUUCCCCACCUAAUGGAAAUUGAAUCAUAUGCAACAGUUCACACCAUGGUGAGCACAAUUCGGGGUAAGAAACGGUCAGAUGUAAGUGCAGUUGAUUGUGUUAAAGCUGCAUUCCCAGGUGGUUCAAUGACAGGUGCACCAAAGUUGAGAUCAAUGGAGCUUCUCGACUCUCUUGAAAGUUGUUCCCGAGGUAUCUACUCUGGUUGCAUUGGGUUCUUUUCAUACAACCAAACAUUUGAUCUCAACAUUGUAAUUAGAACAGUAGUCAUACAGGAUGGUGAAGCUUCAAUAGGAGCAGGAGGGGCCAUUACGGCUCUCUCCAAUCCCAAGGAUGAGUAUGAAGAAAUGAUUUUGAAAACUAAAGCACCUAGUAACGCUGUUAUUGAGUACGUUAGGGAUGCAUAGAAACUAGGUCAUUUCAGAGGUCUACUAGGAGGACCAAUACUAUUAAAGAUUAAUUCUUUGUACAAUAGCCUUAGAAAAAUGUAGCCACCUGCAGAACUCACGGGUAGUGGUGUGUAGUGCUCUUAUAUUUACGGAUCUCAAAAUUCUCAAAUGCUAUUUUGUCUCAUUUGGUUACUUUUUGUAUCAAAUAGAACUAAUGACAAGAUGAAUA